CAAAACCUGUGUGCUUUAGGCUCACGGGCUAUGACAAGGAAGUGACCGACUAGCCAGCAGACUGCUGUCAAGAUGGCACCGAGUGGGCUGAAGGCGGUAGUUGGAGAAAAAAUCCUCAAUGGAGUCAUCAAGAGUGUGAAGAAGGAUGGAGAAUGGAAGGUUCUUAUUGUGGACCACAUGAGCAUGCGAAUUCUGUCCUCUUGCUGCAAGAUGUCUGAUAUUUUGGCAGAGGGGGUGACCAUUGUGGAAGACAUCAACAAACGUAGGGAGCCCAUCUCUAGUUUGGAGGCAAUUUAUCUGAUUUCACCAGUGGAGAAGUCCGUUCAUGCCCUCAUUAACGACUUCAAAGAUGCUUCGUUUACUUACAAAGCAGUACACAUCUUCUUCACUCACACUUGUCCAGAUGCUCUCUUUGCUGAGAUUGGGAGAUCCAGAGUUUCCAAGGUUGUCAAGACUUUAAAAGAGAUCAAUGUUGCUUUUCUGCCAUAUGAGUCUCAGGUAUUCUCCUUGGAUGAUCCGACCUCCUUGUACUCCUUCUAUAGUUCUAAUCCAAAUAAAGAAAAAGACAAAAUGAUGGAAAAUCUGGCCGAGCAGAUUGCGACCCUGUGUGACACACUUAAGGAGUACCCUGCAAUCCGUUACCGCAAGGGACCAGAGGAGAAUGCUAGACUGGCUGAAGAGAUCCACCAGCACCUUAUAGCUCACAAAGCUGACAACCCAAGCAUGGGAGAGGGUCCAGAGAAGGCGCAGUCACAGCUUCUGAUUGUUGAUCGUGGGUUUGAUCCCAUCUCACCGAUUCUACAUGAGUUGACCUUCCAGGCAAUGGCCUACGACUUGCUAGACAUCAAACAGGACAUCUAUACUUAUCAGACAACCGGCAUUGGGAAUUCAAAAGAGAGAGAAGUGUUAUUGGAUGAAGAUGAUGAGCUCUGGGUACAGCUCAGACAUAUGCACAUCGCUAAUGUCACUAAGAAAGUGACAGAGCUUCUUCGCACCUUUUGUGAGAGCAAGAGAAUGUGCACUGACAAUGCCAACAUAAAAGAUCUCUCUCAGAUGUUGAAGAAGAUGCCUCAGUAUCAGAAAGAGCUGAGCAUGUACUCCACUCACUUGCACCUUGCUGAAGCUUGUAUGAAGGAAUUCAAGGCCUCUCUAAAGCUUUGUGAAGUGGAACAGGAUCUGGCUAUGGGAGAAACUCCAGAACGAGAACCUGUGAAAAAUGUCAUGAAGAGGAUUGUUCCUGUGCUCCUCGACAAAGAAAUUGACGACUAUGACAAAAUCCGCAUCAUACUUCUGUACAUAUUCCACCAGAAAAAAGGCAUCGGGGAGGAGGAGCUUGCCAAGCUCAUGCAGCAUGCUAACAUACAGCCAAACUCCAACAUCAUUACCAACCUGCAGAACCUGGGCUGUAACAUUAUAGCUGGGGGCCGCAACGCUGGGAGAACACUGCCAGAGCGGAAGGAGUGUGCAGAGGGCACAUUUGACCUCUCCAGAUGGACACCCAUCAUCAAAGAUGUCAUGAAGGAUGCCAUAGAGGACAAACUGGACAGAAAGCAAUGGCCAUUCAUCUCUGAUCCUGCUCCCAUCAAUACAACUCAGACUGCAGUCAGCAGUGCUCGUUUUGGACACUGGCACAAAAAGAAAUCUCCAACAGAAUGCCGCUCUGGCCCGCGGCUUAUUAUGUUUGUGAUUGGUGGGAUGUCACACUCAGAGAUGCGUUCUGCUUAUGAAGUCACUCAAGCCACUGAUGGGAAAUGGGAAGUGCUGAUAGGGUCAUCUCACAUCCUGACUCCAACCAGCUUCCUCAAUGACCUGAAGAGUCUGGACCAAGUUCCUAAUCCUGAUUGUUAGAUAGUCAGACCCUGAACAGGUAGGAGACACACUGGAAUAAGGGUUUAGUCUUUCAUUUGAGACAUGUGGUUGCUGAUCUUCUGUCACAGCAUCUUUGCAUCUGAAGUGAAACAUGAAGAGAAAUUUUUAGAUGUAGCCAUGGACAGAAACAUUUGUGAUUCUUUAUUUUAUUUUAGAUUAUUUUUAUUGUUUGUUGUGAAUUGGGAUCUGUAUACAGCUAUGGUUGAAAUUGUAUUAAAAUAUUUAAUUAGAGAUUAAUAAUAUUUUGAUUAUUGUGCUAUUCUCAUUCAAAAUCCUAUUUUUGUUACUGUAUAUUUGAUUUGCCUAAUUUUGUACUCAAAAAUUGCACAAUCUCCACAAAACUGGAUAAUCUUACACCAAAAAUCUUGUUCAAGUAUAGUGUAGAUGUACAUAAGUCUAUAGAAGUAUGUAUCAUAUAUAAAGUGACAUUAAGUGUGUGAUAUCUAUUUUCUUCCCCUUCGCUUGGAAAUUUUAUCUCAACACAAAAUGUCUCAACUGCUGUCGGAUGAUAUCUUGCACAUUUACUAUGUAUGCUAAUAUAUUGGUGGGAGCAAGUCUGGCGGGUGUCUGUUUCUUUGUUGUUAAAAAUGAGUAAUAAAAGAAACAUAACAUUCA